AUGGCAGCAGUGGAAGCUUGGGUGUCGUUCUUUACAGAGCUGUAUCAACUAUUAACAACAGCUGAGAGAAAUCUAGGUAUCUGUAACCUUAACUUGGCGGAGUAUGUAGUGGAAAGGAUCGAGCUAUCAAUUCACAGCUGUUCUAAUUUAGUAAUGUUGUUUCAGACGUCUGAUGUAUCGGCUCUUUCUAAUGAAGAACUUGCUGUUGCUAAUGAAUAUAGAAUGCUGGUAGACCAAUUGCUCUCUUAUUUACGAGAAUCUUUGGAUAAGUGGAAUAAUUAUAUUACAGUACUAGAAUGUAGCUCUGCCAGAAACAAUGCUACGGUAUCGUAUCAAGCUUCCAUUGCACACACUGGUAGACGUGGACGUCCAAAGUUUGAUGUGUCUAGAGAACAAGUGGAGUACCUAGUUUCACUUUCAUUUCAGUGGACUGAGAUAGCUGCCUUGUUGUGUAUAUCAAGAAUGACAUUAUACAGGAGGAGAGCUGAAUUUGGAAUGUUAGAUUUAAAUCCUGACAUAUCUAAUCAAGAGCUUCGUUCAUUAAUAAUUGAGUUUAAGGAAAGUGACCCUAAUGUUGGUGUGUCUAUGGCUGUUGGCCUCCUUCGCGCAAGAGGGUUCAAAGUCACUAGAGCUCGUGUCAGAGAUGCGUUACAAGAAAGUGAUCCCUUGAGAGCUUCUAUUAGAUGGCCAGGUGGAUUAAUUCGCCGACGUAUGUACAGUGUUCCUGGACCUAAUUCACUCUGGCAUAUUGAUUCACAUCAUAAGCUUAUCAGAUGGAGACUAGUAACACAUGGAGGCAUUGAUGGCUUCAGCAGGUUGAUUGUUUUUCUCAGAUGUGCAUCUAACAUCAAGUCUAUUACUGUUUAUCAGAGCUUUCUUGAGGCUGUUAACAAGUAUCACUUACCUUCUAGGGUGAGGACAGACCAAGGCAUGGAGAACAUUUUGGUGGUGGAACAUAUGUUGGAGCAUCGGGGUGCUGGUAGACAGAGUGCGAUUGUUGGAUCCUCCGUACAUAAUCAGAGGAUAGAACGUCUAUGGAGAGACAUGCAUAAGUGUGUCACAAGUUUGUACUAUAGACUUUUUUAUUUUAUGGAACAAUAUGACCUGCUUGAUAUUACAAAUGAACAGCAUAUGUUUGCUUUACACUAUGUGUACAUUCCAAGGAUAAAUAAAUCUCUUGAACUGUUCAAAGAAGGUUGGAAUCAUCAUCCAAUGAGAACAACACAUCAAAAAUCUCCUUCUCAGUUAUUUACUGCUGGAAUACUACUGCUUCGACAUUCUGGUCUCACUGCUUUGGAUUUCUUUGAGAAUGUUGACAAUGAUAGUUAUGGAAUAGAUAACGAUGGUCCAGUGCCAAGUGAAGAAUCUAAUACUGUUAGCAUACCAGCUGUAUCCCAUUGUAUAUCAUCCUCGAAUCUUCAAUUACUUGAAAAUGCAGUUUCCCCACUAGGACACUCUGACGAAUAUGGGAUAGACAUUUACAUACAAACUCUAUCUUUUCUAGACUCAUUAUAACUUUAAUAAAAUUUCCUCUU